CAAUGGGUGACUGUCUGGAGGACCAUCUUCAAUGUCCCACCUGUCUAGACAUCUUCAAAGAUCCUGUCAUUCUUCCAUGCAGUCACAGCUUCUGCCGUGCGUGUCUGCAGCAGUGGGAGGACAAAGGAGAACGAUCGUGUCCACUCUGUAGGUCAGCGUUUAGUUCGAUGGAACUGCCUUUGAACUUGGCACUGAGGAAUAUGUGUGAGAACCUUCUACGAGCCUCAGUCAAGUCAGAAGACAUCUGCAGCUUGCACCAAGAGGAACUCAAACUCUUCUGUUUGGACCACCGGGAGAUUGUGUGCAUCAUCUGCAGAGACUCAGAAAUCCACGUUGGUCACACGUUCCGGCCCCUCAAAGAAAUUGUGAAAGGUCAUCAGAAGGAACUCCAGGAAGGCCUGCAGAAGGCCAAGGAAAGACUCCAAAUUUACAACGACUGUCAAGAGAACUGCAAUGAACAGGUAGAGUACAUCAAAGUCCAGAAGGAGAAGGUCGAAGGCAAGAUUAAGAAGGAUUUUGAGGAGCUCCGGUGCUUUCUCAACGUCGAGGAGGAGGCCAGGUUGGCUGCGGUAAGGGAGGAAGAGCAGAAGAAGAUUGAGCUCAUGAAGGAGAAGAUUGUGGUUCUGGGCCAACAAAUGACCGUUCUCUCGGAUGUCAUCAGAAGCACUGAGGAGCAGCUGGUGUCUGGCAAUGUUUCUUUCAGGAAGAACUUCAAGACUGCGAUAAGCAGAAUACAGGAGCUGCCGGAAAAGCCACAGCUGCUGCCAGGAGGUCUGCUGGACGAAGCCAAACACGUGGGCAACCUCAAAUUCAAGGUGUGGGAGCGGAUGAAGGAGACUCUCACCUACAGUCCCGUCAUUCUGGACCCCAACACGGCCAAUCCAAGAAUCAGUCUGUCUGAAGAUCUGACCAGUCUGAGCUGGGAAUACGUACGGCAAGAGCGUCCAAAGAAUCCAGAGAGAUUCCAGAAGUGGCUGUGUGUGCUGGGUGGUGCUUUGGACUCGGGAAGACACGUGUGGGACGUUGAGGUGGGAGACAACAAUGCCUGGAAAGUGGGGGUCAUGGAUGGGGACCCUUGUUUGCCAGAGAAAAUGACUGGUUGGUUCAUUGGAUUUUGGGAUGGUAUAUACAAAAAACCCUCUGCCAAUUAUUAUGCAGAGUGGAAUCCGCCUGUCAAAGUGCAGAGGAUUCGAGUCGAACUGGACAUGAAUGAAAGGUCAUUGUCCUUCUCUGAACCUCUUAAAAACACUGAAUUGUGGAAUAUUAAGAAGCCUUCCGAUUGGCCAAGCUUGUCUGAUAGUAACACCAAAAUGUAUCCUUAUUUUUACACAAAAAGUAAAAUUCCUCUAAAAAUAAUCCCCAUUCCACCUGGUGUUACCACUGCCAUCAGUUAGCAAUCAUGUGGGCACAGGUUGAUUUUUGUUGUUGUUUUGCUUUUUAAUGUCAUCUAAAUCACUUUUUUUUCCAAAUGAUUUGACUCUCACUCAGACCCAGCGGCAUGGGCGGGCAUUAGGGGGCCGUGCCCGCCCUGAGGGACGGCUGUGCCCGCCCUAGCUCGAUU